AUGAGCGACUCCAAUGCUAUUAACGUCAAAAACACCAGCAAGCCCUUAGAAUCAACUGCAUCCAAAUUUAGUCCGGAGAUACCACCUAUUUUACCUCAUGAAAAGAUGUAUUUAAUCCAGAUUGGCAAUAAACUAUUUAGGUUUAGUGGUGCCUCUUUGUCUUCUGAUGCCCCAAGCUAUUUCACCAAUUAUUUUUUAUCCAAAAUGAAAAAGCCCACUAAUAAAGAUGAGCUGUUCGAUACCAUUACUGUUAAAAUAGAGGAUGGGAAGUAUCAGGAUAUAGAUGAUAAUAUGGAAAGCAAAAAUAAAGUUGUUUUAUUUAUUGACAGAGAUCCUAAAGUUUUCGAGUUGAUUUAUAAUCACUUGCAAGGUUAUUUUAUUGAUAUCAAAGAUGAAGUAGAGUUUACCAAAUUGCUUACUGAUGCAAUUUAUUAUAAUUUACCCCGUCUAUGCGACUUGUUGAAAACCUCAGAUUACUACUACACCAACAUUGGUGGAGAAUCAUUCAAGAUUUCUAAAACGCUUUUUAAAAAGGGUAACAGUCCAAAUUACUUUGAUCUUACCACUGGAAUGCUCUAUCUGGAUUUACAAAAAUUUUUUGCCGAACACACUUCAAACCUAAUCAGGCCUCCGCCGCAAUCACCUCCCUUUGUGAGCAGAAGUCCCUCUUUAUUUAAAGACUUAUUAUUUUUGUUGAACGGUGGGAAAAUUACGAUGGAUACAAACAGAAGAAAAUCAUUGCUGAGAGAAUGCAGGUACUAUAGGUUUUUGAAAUUAGAACAAGAUUUGAUAGAUUGCCAAAUUAAUUUUAAUCCCUUCUUACAAAAAAAUGAAAUAUUGAUUAAUUUAUUGGAUGUUAAAUCUACCGGCGUAGAUAUUGAAAAGAAAGUGCACUAUAAAAACAAUGAUUCGGGUGAUGCAUUUAAUUCUAAUAAUAUGUGUAGAAAAAAAAUAAAGUUGGCAGCUAAUUCUGCAGCACCAGCACCAAACGUUGAUAGUAGCAAUAAUUGGUUGAUGACCACUUAUAAAAGACCAUAUGUAGACCAAAAUUCAUUGGGUUUAAUAUUUCAAACAAAUUUGAUUGAUAAAGAUGCUAUAGUAGCAGCCAGCGCAACACACUACAGUGCUGUUGGUGCUAAUGAUGAGAAUAAAACGGUAGUACACACAUCGCCACUUGGUUCAAAUGCAGGUACUUUAUUUUUCGAUAAAGUACAUAAUAAGGUGUAUGUUAAUUUCCCUACAUUUAUUUUGAAUAAAUUGGUGCAAGUUUUUCAAAAGGUACUGUCUAUUUCAAACAUCAAUAUUUUUGAAAAGUAUUUAGUACCGAGUGGUACUGGUAGCAAUGUGGUAUUGUUACCGUGUUGUAUUGCUUUAUCUGAUAUAUAUAUCAAUGAUAUACGAGUAAACAACAUAAGAUCAUUGUUGGAAGAUGAAAAUUUUACUAAAUCGUUUAAGGAACACUGUUACAACAAUGAGUUGUGUGGAUAUAGUCUAUUUUUGAGAACCUGUAUCUGGAAAAUGUGUAUUAAAAAUGGAGAAUUAAUGAUGGUUGGUGUGAAAUUGGACACCUUUAGUAGUAUUAGGGAAUAUCAUAAAUCACUUUCAUUUUUGUAG